CAUUGACGGGAAGGGCGUUUCACUACAAACUCUUAUCCAGGAUCGGCCUCACGGAGAGAAAUCCUCUAUAGUUUGACGGACUUUAUUCUGUUUUCAGAUCAGCGCAAACUUCCUGCUCGUGAAAACCUGCCGAUGUCACGUGACUCUGCGGCGGCGGGGGCGGCGGCGCCGUGCGGAAGUGAGCAGAACAGGCAGCAGUCGGCGGUGAAGACGUCCGCGACAGGCCGCGAGAAACGGUGAAGAUCAGCUGAAGGCGGAGAGGCUGGGAUCGUCAUCCGGAGCAGAAAACACACAUAAUGAGCGGGACAGGAGUGCGUCUGUGGUCCAGAUGAAGUGCUUGCUGAUAACCAGUGAGAGCGCAGAGGUCCUCUUCUAUUGGACUGACCCCGAAUUUCAGCAGACCAUCCAGGCGCAGUAUGGGGCGUCUCAGGAGGAGGGCCAGGGGCUUCCAGCCUUCGAGGACAGCAUCAGCACCCAGUUUGCCCCCAUCAUCAUCUCCUGCAGCACCAUGGUGGACAGGCUGGGUGACAACUACACCUCCUUCACCACAGAAAACAACCAUAUCUACGUCUUACACCAGUUUGAUGAAUGUCUCUACAUUGCUGUGAAUGGAGACGGUGAGGAGGGGGAGGAUGACCUGAGGAGGAAGAUCUAUGUGAUGAAGAAGAUGCUUGAGGUCCUGUUUGGCAUGGUCACCCUGAGCAGUAACCUCCUCAGAAAAGAGCUGCGUCCUCAGGACACGGAGCAAAGAACGAGACUGUGGAAGCACCUCCAGACCCUGCUGGAGACCUACAGCCACCUCAGAGAGAACGACCAGAGCUUCUUAGUAGAGGCAGUGGAGAGGCUGAUCCACCCCACGCUGUGUGAGCAGUGUAUCGAAUUCCUGGAGCGCCGUUUGGUUCCGCAGCUCAACAGCAGUGCAGAGAGAGCUGGAGAGGAGGUGCUGCAUGCCUUCAUCCUGGUUCACACCAAACUGCUCGCCUUCUACUCCAGCCGCAGUGCGAGCACGCUAGCCACUUCGGACCUCCUGGCCCUCAUCGUCAUGGCACAGAAUAUGUAUCCCAGCAACGUAGACCUGGAGGAAACGAGUCCUGAGGAUGUUGAGAGUACGUCCGGUUCUGGUCCUGAAAGUUUUUAUACCCCAGAGCCCUCCCCUACAGACAGAGACUCAAGCAGCUCAGAGAAGCCAGUGAGAGGAAGUACUCCUGUGUUUGAGUUUGUGGACCCAGACAUCCAGAUGGCAGAGGACAGCUUGCAGACUCUGGAGGUUCCUCCACCCGACCCUUCAACCCCUUGCAGAGUUUUCUUAGAGGUCACGCUCAAGGAGGAGCUGUAUCCCAUGAUGCCUCACUCCAUGUACUGUCUGCCACUGUGGCCUGGCAUCACACUGGUGCUGCUAACUAAGAUUCCCACCAAUACAGUGGCCAUGUCGGUGUAUAAGUUUUUGGAGGCCUUCGCCAAGCUGGAGAAGCGCUUAAGUGAAGGCCAAGAAGGUUCUGCUGCUACUAGAGGACAGCCGACUAUACACGACAUCCGCAACAGGCUGGAUAAAUUCAUUAAAGUCCUGGGGCCCAGUGAGAUAGAGUCUGCACAGUUACAAAAUGUCUGGACUGAGUUCAAGAACCGAGCGUUCGCCAGAGGAGGACCUGGGUUCAACAAAGAUCUUAUCCCGUGGUGUAAGCAUAUGAGGACCCAGCUGUGCGGAAUUUACAGACAGUGUUUUCUUAUUGACUCUGGACCAGCCGACAUUCCUCAGCGCCUCUCCUCAUCUCUGCAGGAACGAGCCCAGACCAUGGUGCAAGAGAAACUGAUGGACUGGAAGGAUUUCCUGCUGGUGAAAAGCAAGAGAAAUAUCACCAUGGUCUCUUACCUGGAGGAUUUCCCAGGCCUCAUCCAUUUUGUCUGCGUGGACCGAUCCACCGGCCAAAUGAUUGCGCCGUCGCUCAGCAUCACUGAGCGCACCACGUCCGAGCUGGGAAAGGGACCAGUGGCCCAGUUCAUCAAAAGCAAGGUGUGGAACCUGGUCAGCACAACACGGCGCUAUCUCCAGAAGGGUUACUCCACCGUUACACUGCGUGAUGGAGAUUUCUACUUCUGCUACUUCCUCUGGUUUGAAAAUGAAACGGGCUUCAAGUUAGAGGCAGGGGACAUACCCGUCUUACCCGACGACUCUGCCCCCAUUGGGAUGCUUGCCUGGGACUACUACAGCAGGAAGCUACUGCGUUACUACAGUAAAAGUCAUCAGGGUGAGGUGGUGAAGUGCUACGAGCUGCUGACGGUUCACCUGGGGGUUAUCCCCACCGAGAUCAUCAUCCAGCACUGCAGACAGCUGGCAAGCAAACUGUGGGAACCUUCACGCAACCCACUGCUUUAGACACACCCACACUCUUGAACUCAUUUGUUGUAUUGCCAAGAACUGAAAAACAAUCCACUCACUCUCUGUAGGUCUGCUCCAUCAGGUGCCCGUGUUUCAUGUUUUCAUUUUUCAGUGUGUUCACGUAUACAGUGAUAAGUCAUUUGUUUACGAGAUGCAUGUAUGUUUGUGAUGAACACAGUCCUUCUGUUCACUUAUGAGACUAUUAUGUGCCUUAUGUGAGGUAUAUUGAUAAUAUCAGUCCUUAAUUUUGUAGAUUGUAAUAUAUUUCUCAGUACUCAUUUAUGACCUAUUUCCUAUUUAUUAAUAAUGAUGUAUGUGCCCCCCCCCCCACACACACACACUUUUUAAAAUUCGCAGCCGAUGGAUUUUUAUACAUGCAGAUACGGUCCAUUUCUGCCUUUACUACGACUAGAGUCAUAACUUGAAUCAAUAAAACAUGCUGCAGUAAAUAAUGUAUGUCCCUCUUAAUGUAAAUCAUUGUUGGAGACAGUAAACAUCAGUAGUU